CCUUCUUGUUCAAUUUUCCAUUUCCCAAAUCCCAACCCUCAAUUUCUUUUGAACAAAGAUGACAUCUAUAUUUUUUGUUACAUUACAUGGUUCAACAUUGGCUCCAAUAGUUGACUUUAUUCGGUGAGGUCAGCAGGGACGAUUGAGCAGCUUCAUAUAUAAAUGUUGGUGGUCAAUGUUCAAAGUUCAAUGCUCAAUGCACCAUAUCUGCUUUUUCUCCUCAAAGGAAACAUCUCUCUCCCUCUCUCCUUUGUUGAAUCCAAUUUCGUUUCCACCAAACCAGUUACUCUUUGCAGUGCUGCACAUACUUCAUUUGAUUCGACUACUGAUACUGUCUCUCUGUGAAUGGUGUGCAUCCACAGCUUCAACACCGUGUUCCACACACUUAAUUGUGUCCAGAGCUUUUAAAUCCAACAUCCAUUUUUAUCCAGUUGAUGUGAAUGGAUCCAGGACCUGGUAGAUUUGGUAGUUUGGCGGAUGGAAAUGGAUUUCAAUUCGGGAAUCAAAGUGUUACCGUAUUACCUGAUGAAAAAGCCCUAGAUACUCGCUCCCGGUUCGACAAUACGUUUUCGAUCUAUAAUCCCGUCAAUGACGUGAAUGCGUACCAGAAUCAACUCAAUUUCAGAGGUAUACAAUUUGAUCCUCCAACCAAUUCCUCGUCGCCAGUUGUCACUUCGAGUCUGGAUGACGAGCUUCAUGAAGAUUGCGAUCUGUCGGAUGCGAUCUUGGGAUAUAUCAGUCAGGUGCUUAUGGAAGAAGAUAUGGAGGACAAGUCUUGUCUACUUUACGAGUCUUUAGAUCUUCAAGCUGCGGAGAAGUCCUUCUAUGAUGUCCUUGUCGAGAAGUACCCUCCAUCACCAUCCUUAUCCUAUGAUGAAGGUUUGUUUUCUGUUGACCAGUAUAUACAGAGCCCCCAUGAUAGUCCUUUAUCACAUCAUAACAAUACAUAUGUUGGUAAAUUCACUAAUGGUAGUAUUGAUUACUUACAUGAUGACUCAAAUCUACGAAAUAUUGGUGAUCGUAAUGUACCAUGUACAUCAGUAAGUUCAUCAAACAGUGGAAAUAACAUAAUCGAUGUAGAUUCUCAUCCAACCACUUUUCAGGUCUCUGAGAUUUGUGAUGAGAAUCAAAUGACAAUGACGAUGAACUUUAACAAGGGUGUAGAAGAAGCCAAUAAGUUUCUUCCUAGUAACAACAGACUGUUAGCUGAUUUCAAUGGAGGUGGUGCAUAUGCAUUUUUGCCCAAAUCUCAGGAUACUGAAAGUGAUGAACUGAGAACCAUUCCAACAAGGGUGAGGAAAAUCCCUUCUGAUAUAGGGACCGAAGAAAGGAGUAUCAAGCAGGCUGCAAUCUACGGAGAUUAUACUGUAAGAACCAAAGAGAUUGACUUAAUGCUCCUAGAUUCCAUGGGAGAAGGUGAUGUAGCUUUACGCAUGUUUCGCAACACCCUGCAAAACGAAACAAACAAAGACAAACUCAAAGACAAAGAACCAAAAUGUCUAACAAGAAGCCGAAGGAAAGGUGUUCGUAAGAAACAAAACAAAAAGGAAGUGAUCGAUUUAAGAAGCCUAUUAGUGACAUGUGCACAAGCUGUUGCUGCAGAUGACAGAAGGAAUGCAAGUGAGCUUCUGAAACAAAUCAAACAACACGCUUCACCUUUUGGCGAUGGGAAUCAAAGGUUAGCUCAUUGUUUCGCUAAUGGUCUUGAAGCACGCUUAGCUGGCACUGGUAGCCAAAUUCAUAGAGGUCUAGUCAGCAAGAAAACAUCUGCUGGUGAUUACAUUAAAGCAUACCAUCUCUACGUUGCGUCUUCCCCUUUUAGAAAGAUUUCAAAUUAUGCAUCAAACAGGACAAUUCAAGAUAUGGCUCUAAACGCAACAAGGGUGCACAUCAUUGAUUUCGGAAUCCUGUAUGGAUUCCAAUGGCCCACUUUCAUCCAACGUAUUUCACAGAGACCCGGUGGGCCCCCAAGUGUGAGAUUAACCGGAAUUGAAUUUCCACAACCGGGAUUCCGUCCCGCAGAAACAAUCGAAGAGACCGGCGCUAGGUUAAAAGAGUACGCUAAUCACUUCAAAGUUCCAUUCGAGUAUACUCCAAUUGCAAAACGAUGGGAGUGUGUGAAUGUUGAGGAUUUAAAAAUCGAAAAAGGUGAGUUUUUAGUGGUGAAUUGUAUGUAUCGAUCGAAGAAUUUGCUCGAUGAAACUGUUGGAGUGGAUAGUGCUAGAAACGUGGUUUUGAAUCUGGUAAAGAAGAUAAAUCCGAAUGCGUUUAUCCAUGGGAUUUUAAACGGGUCAUAUAACGCCCCGUUUUUUGUGACCCGAUUUAGGGAAGCGCUUUUCCAUUUCUCGGCUUUGUUUGAUAUGCUUGAAACGAAUGUGCCACGUGAGCGACCUGAAAGGAAGCUUCUAGAAGGGGAGUUGUUCGGAAAAGAAAUUAUGAAUGUUGUCGCGUGUGAAGGGUGGGAGAGAAUUGAAAGACCCGAAACGUAUAAACAGUGGCAUGUUCGUAAUUUGAGAGCAGGGUUUGUUUCUGUUCCUUUUUCACGAGCGAUUAUGAAAUUGGCAAGAGAGAAAGUGGGAUUGUAUCAUAAGGAUUUCUUGAUAGAUUUUGAUAAUGAUUGGCUUUUACAGGGAUGGAAAGGUCGAAUCAUUUAUGCCAUUUCUUGUUGGAAAUCCGCGUGAAAAAGAAAUACCAAAGAUUUCAACUACUACAUCUGAUCUGACUCACAGUUUAGGAGCUAGUAAAACAAUUUUUGCUUCUACAUGGAAGUUUUUUUGGCUGUUUUUUAGGUUGUGAAUUGUGAUGUGUUUUGCAUAUAGUAAUUUCUAGUGUGAAUCAUGAUUCAUUUGUUGAUCUUUGUGUGCUAGAUUUGUGGGAUUUGGAUGGAAUUGGAAUUCAAAUUCAGUUCCACGCCUUGUUUGCAAAUGAGUAUGGAAUUUAUGUAAUCUUUUGACA